CGGAGGCUACAUCGGCCGGAGAAAUUUUGUAUAAUCAAUCGUUUGUGGCCAGGAAAUUUCGUUAAGUUUUCUCAAGAAGAAGUCCUAAACCGGAAUAUUUUUAUAAACUUUAUACACACAUUCUUCGAAGUGCAGGCCUCAGCCGAAGCCACCGAAAUAUGGAUCGACUCAAGAUUGGAGAGCAGUUGUUUUUCCAGAGAAGUGACGGACGUAUCCAUCCGGCGACUUGCGUAGCCAAGCAUCCGGAACAGGAAUCCGUAACUUGCGAAUGGCACGAGGGCGCAGUGGUCAAGGGCAAAGAGGUGCCCCUUAGUGUUCUAAUGGGGAUUAAUCAUCAUUUAUUUGCAGAGGAUCAACCGAUUACAAAGGCCUCGAUGAUUCCGAGUCCCUCCGAUGGAUCAUUAAUUGCCAACCGCAGAUCCGGUGCCGGAAAUCCAUUUAUAGAGCGCAUGAAAGCCAUCAGUCAAGCCGCUGUGGGGAAGACUGACAUUCCUACGGCGGGAAAUCGUGAACAGGCUGGAUCAAGUACAUCUAGACUGUCAUGCAAAUCUAGUCUCCUCCAAGCUCGCAAGUCCCUAAUCGCCAGCACGAAUCAAAGCUGCUCCAAUGUCGUGAAAGAGGUGAAUCGCAUGAAGGAGGAAAGGGAGAAGAGAAGGGCUCGCCAAGUGGUGCAGCAGCAGGAAAAGGAUGCAUGUCGUCGCAAGGACCCCAAUAAUCCCAACUGGGAGGUGGCGAUGAUGCUGCGUCAGUAUCAAAAAACUUUGAAACUUGCUCCUCUGCGAUCUUUGGAUCCAAACUUAGGUGAUGUUCAGCAAAUAACAGUUUGUGUGCGAAAACGACCCUUGAGUCGGAAGGAAGAGAGCCAGAAGAACAUGGACAUCAUCACAGUUCCCACUCCCGAUACCUUGAUAGUCCAUGAGCAGCGAUUCAAGGUGGACCUCACCAAGUACUUGGAACACCACACCUUCCGUUUCGAUUACACCUUCGAUGAGAAGUGCUCAAAUACUCUGGUCUAUGACCAUACAGCUCGUCCGCUGAUCAGGACCAUGUUCGAGGGCGGUAAUGCCACUUGCUUUGCUUACGGACAAACUGGCAGCGGUAAGACCCACACUAUGGGCGGAGAGUUCUUCGGGAAGAUUCAAGAUUGCGGAACUGGCAUCUAUGCCAUGGCAGCGCGGGAUGUCUUCAACGAGAUUUCGCAUCCGGAUUACAAGGAAUUGGGGGUCGAGAUCAAGUGCAGCUUCUUUGAGAUAUACGGCACCAAGGUAUACGAUCUCCUUGUUCCGAAAAAAGCACUCCUACGUGUCCUGGAGGAUGGCAGACAGCAGGUUGUGGUGGUCGGUUUGACAGAGAUGCCGGUGACCAAAGUGGAGGACGUUCUCAGACUGAUUGAGCAGGGUAGCAAGGAGCGCAUUUCUGGGCAGACUUCAGCAAACGCCAAGUCAUCGCGUUCACAUGCUGUCUUCCAAAUAGCACUCCACAUGCCCGACACCUUCGGUCCCUAUGGCAAGUGCUCCUUUGUGGAUUUGGCGGGUAAUGAACGUGGAGCAGAUACUCAGUCCGCCGAUCGCCAAACUCGCAUCGAGGGAGCCGAGAUCAACAAAUCCCUACUGGCCCUCAAGGAGUGCAUUCGAGCGCUGAGCUUCCAGUCAAGUCACCUUCCCUUCCGUGGCUCCAAGCUAACCCAAGUGCUGAGGGACUCUUUCGUUGGUAGUAAGAAAAACAAGACCUGCAUGAUUGCCAUGAUAUCGCCAACCAUGAGCUGUGUGGAGAACACCCUCAACACUCUGCGGUAUGCAGAUAGGGUUAAGGAGCUAGUUGCCAAGGAGGGUGAUGUUGGACAGGCUGCAGGCGGGUUUGAAGACAAGUCAAUCGAUCUCAACAAUGAAUCCGAGCCAGAAAUGUUAGCCGGGGAUGAGCCAGAUGAGGAGGCACAAAAUAAUCAGAAUUCUAUAUCCUCUGCGGAAACCAGUUCAUAUGUUCCGGACAACUCAUUACUCGAACCAGACCUCAAUAAUCCGGAAUAUGUCCAAAGCUUAUUGGGCCCUGUGGAAGUCAAAGAAGUGAUUGAUCUACACGAAACGUUAGUAGAUUUCUUUGAGAACUUUUCGCGCAGUUUCCGGGAAAUAAAAACGGAAGAAGAAUUCCUGAGAUACCUCCCGACAUCAGAUAAUUUAUUGGAGGAAGCUUUCCACUUGGUGAACGACUUAAGGGGCCUCAUUGACCAUUUCAACACUCAGGAACCCAUUGGGAACAUAAUGAAAAGAAACGAGACUGAUGGUAUAGAUGAGGACGAUCCAUAGAUCUGAAUGUCCUAUCAUCCACUAAAGCUAAAGUAUCUGCAUUUAUUUUGUACCUCUCUGUAUCUUUUCAUUUGCGUUUUGGGGGACCCUCGAACGGUUCAAAUUGCAAUUCGAUAAACAAGCAGUUAAUGAAAAUUCAA